AUUUUUAUAUUUUGUUUGAUAUUUUUCAUGGUAUUAUCCAUGAUAAAUGCUGAAAAUCAACAUUAUAAAAAAUACAAUAAUUCUGAAGGGGAGAAUUACAAUUCUAAAAAAAUUCGAAGUAAAAGAAAUGAACUAUCCAGAGCAUUGGUCAAUGAAGCGUAAGAAACCAAACACUUUUAUAAUUUAAUUUUUUAAUUUUAAUUUUAUAUGCGUAUGCAGGUUUAAUUUGGAGCUACUUGAUUGUAAAAAAUUGUCAUUGUUUCAAGUGGCAUUAGAUAUUUGGAAAACACCAGCAGUAAUGUCAAAAGUAAUUGAUAUAUUAAAAAUGUUUCAACGUGAACAACCAACAUUUAAUCAUGAAAUUGAAUUAGUUGAAGAUUGGUCAACCCAUCUACUUGGACAAGUUGAUCAAUUAUCAAACAUACCUGUUGUACUAAAACAAGAUGUAUCAUAUAUGAUACAACCAUGUGGACAAGAAUUAGUAAAAUUUGUAAAAGAAAGUUAUGUAAAUUUACAAAGAACAUCAUCAACAUCAUCAUUAUUAUAUCCAACAAUUUAUGAUUAUGUUGAAAAAGUUUACUGGACCCAAUUUGGUUCUAUAGAUAAAGCAAAAACAUUUUUGAAUAUUUACAAUGAUAGAAAAUCAACAAAACAAACUGUUAAUAAUGUAUACAUGUUUAUGGAAGCUUGUAAACACUGUUUGGAAAAACCAAUUGAAAUAUUAUGGUCUGAAUGUUCAAAUUCAGAAAAAAGAAUUCUUCUAGAAAAAAUACCAGAUGUUUCUUAUGACGAUAUAUCUGAUGAUUUUUUUACAAAUGAAGCAGUUCAAACACGUCAUUUGUUAUUCUAUUGGCGAUGGUAUUUUAACAAGAAACAAUCAUCAGUUUUGCAAUCACCAAAUAAUAAAAAUUUUCAAUUAAAUGAUCGUUUUGAUGAAAACUCAAUAUUUAGAGAUACAAUUCCAAAAUCAAUUGCAUCACAUAAUUUUCAAGCUGUUAAAUUUUUUCAUGAUCAAUUAACACCAGAAAAACAACAACAAAUUAUGACUCAAACUGUUAAUAAUUUAUUAACACAAACCGAGGGAGGAAAUAGACAAGACAAUCUUGAUUUAUUAUUUUUUUAUAUUAAAAAAAUGACAGAUCAACAAAUUAAAAAUUUAAUACAAAAAUAUGGUUUUCCUUUACUUAAUAAUAUGAUUAUUGCAUGGCCUUGGAGAUUUUUAUUUCCACAAUUAUUGGAAAUUAGUUGGAGUUUUUUAACAGAAGAUAAUUAUAAAAAUUUAGUUAAAAAUGUUGUUAGAAAAAUUUACAAAGAAUAUGAAGAAUUGGGAAGAAAAGCUUGUACAAGUGUAUGGUUAUUGAUUGAUUUUUUGGAACAUAAUCCUGAAUAUUUAGAAGAGGGUGCUAUUACUUUUAUUUGGUUAUUACCAUUACCAGAUAAAAUGAAAUUAACAGCUAUAUCAUUUAUUUCAGCUGUAUUUAGUACUGAAAAAGUAAUAAUAUCAAAAAUUAGAACUGAAAUUUGUUAUGGACUUCAAAAAGUUGGUCGAGCAUUAUUAACAGAAGGAAAAUAUGAUAUGAUAGAUGGUUUUUUAAAACAUUUUUUAAAUGAUAAUGAAAAAAAACCAUUUAUUAAAUCUUUGGAUAUUGAAGGAAAUUAUAAAAAUUUAUUGAGUGUCGCUGAUGAAGAAGAAGAAUAUCGCAGAAUUAAAAAAUUAAUAAAUUGGCAAAAUAAUAUUGGUGAUACAUUGGCAUCAAGAUUAUCUGAUGAAAUUAUCAAGUCAGAUAAACAACUUGAAGCAAAAUAUAAUGCAUAUUUAGAGUGGAAUAAUAACAAAGAAAAUCCUAGUUCUGGAAAAGUUGUAAAAAAAGAAAACACUGUAAGUUUCUUUAAAAAAAUAUCAUUACCUGCACGCAAUGUAUUCCGUGGAUAAUAUUAUAUUCAAAAAAAAUAUAAUGUCACUAAAACUUGUAUUGAAUUAUUGCAAUUGUUUUUGUGUUAAAAAAAAAUAUAUUUAUUAUAUUAUUCCAUUGAUAAAAUAAAAUAAAAAUUGAUUCUAUUAUUUAUGAUUUGUUUUAAUUUCUUGCAUUAAUUUUUUUUUUUUUUUUUAAAGCAACAAUAUUUUUUGAUAUCACACUGAUUCUUGUGAUUUUCGAUAUUCAUAUACACUUCCACGUUCAUUAAAUAUAUUUUUAAUUUUAUCUUGAGGUAAUGAUAAUGAUGUACCAGGUAUACCAUAUCCACCACCACCAGGUGUUUCCAAAAGAAAUGUAUCUCCUGUUUCAA